AGCAGUCGAGGGGACUAAACCCCACAGCGUGGAUCACACUCAUAUCUGUUUUGGUCUUGAUGAUUCACUGCUGGGCCUCCCUGGAGACUGAGCCAUCUUUGGGGGCCAUCUUUAAUGUGGGAAGGAACAGUUCUAAGCCCAACUCAGACUUUGGGAAAAAGCCACAGGCAGAGCUACAGGGCUAGAGCCACAGGGCUAGAGGACAGGAGCACCUGCCUUGCUUUGUGCGCAAACGCUGGGCGCUUUGUGACAGAGCCUCCAACUGGCUUUCAUAGUGACAGGAAUGGAUUGGAGCCCAUCUUCACUGGGGAUCCUUGGCACAGUUUCUGUGGUGGCCCAUGUUUCUCGAGUGGCUCUCUGCCAGACUGGCAUCCUGACAGCUGGGCUAUGCCAAGAUCUUCUUACAAAUCCCUGGUGUUUGGAGAGGGGGCUCUACGAAGUCUGCCAGCUCCUGUGUACUCACACCCACGCGCAUGCGCAUUUGCGCACACGCACACACCAGGGAUUCACAUCCAUCCACAAACCUGGCCACUAGUACUUAUGCGAACAGAAUCCUAGAUACGCUGCAGUUCUGAGGGUGGCUUGGGCACACCCUCUCGCCCCUCACUGUGCCAGGGAAGUCAGGCACUUCCUUACGAGUGGAUAAUCCCAAACCAAUAUGGCGCAUGAGAUCUCGAAGCCAUAGGAGACACCGGCACGGAGGAGAACCAUCAUCAUGGGUGGGGGAGCAUCAGCACGGUGGGGGAGCACUAGAGGGAGCACUAAAACGCAAGAGGAACAUCACACCCAGCAUCGAGGCAAACUGAUUGAGGGAGAGCCAAUGGCAGGGUCCGUCCUCAGGGUCCCCAUGCUGUUCCUGAUCCUCCUGCUAUUUCCAGAGCUCUACAUGACAGGCACCCUGGCCUCUGGAUCCUCUGCCCGGAACCUGCCCGAAACCCACUCCCACCUCCCCAGCUCUGCACUAUGGGUGCCUCAGACAAGCCAUCACGGUCGUCGAGGCCUGGGGAAGAAGGACAGGGGCCCAGGCAGACCUCGCCGGACCCAGGAGGGAGCCGUGGUCACUGCCACCAGGCAGGCUUCCCAGAUGACACCUGGACAGCCCCCUGCUGGCCUUCUGCAGAACAAGGAGCUGCUUCUGGGGCUGGCAUUGCCCUACCCGGAGAAGGAGGCCCGGUCUCCUGGUUGGGAGAGGGUGAAGAAACGUGGCAGAGAACACAAGAGGCGCAGGGACCGUCUGCGGCUGCAUCGAGGCCGGCCUGCCAUCCGUGGACCCAGCUCCCUCAUGAAGAAGGUGGAACCCUCUGAAGACCGGAUGCUGGAGAGUACCAUGGAGGAGUCUUCCACUAGCCUGGCCCCUACCAUGUUCUUCCUAACCACAGCCGACGGUGCCAUGCCUACUGUGGAAGAGUCCCGGAUCCUGCCCGUCACCUCCCUGCGGCCCCAGACACAGCCCACGUCUGAUGGGGAGGUGAUGCCCACACUGGACAUGGCCCUAUUUGAUUGGACGGAUUAUGAAGACUUAAAGCCAGAGGUUUGGCCUUCUGCAAAGAAAAAAGAGAAACACUGGAGUCAUUUUACCAGUGAUGGUAACGAGACAUCACCUGCUGAGGGAGAGCCGUGUGACCAUCACCAGGACUGCUUGCCAGGAACUUGCUGUGACCUCCGGGAACAUCUCUGCACACCCCACAACCGCGGCCUCAACAACAAAUGUUUCGAUGACUGCAUGUGCACGGAAGGGCUGCGCUGCUAUGCCAAAUUCCACCGGAACCGCAGGGUCACUCGAAGGAAGGGGCGCUGCGUGGAACCUGAGACAGCCAACGGGGACGAGGGAUCUUUCAUCAACAUCUAGCGCCCUAGUGGUGCCUCCCCACCGGCCCGGGGUCUGAGCCAAGGAGGUUUAGGACAAACAGGGCGUGUUAGUAACUAGCUCAACUUGAGGCUGAGUGGGGAAUCAAUGGUUGAGGCUGUAGGUGCAGGCCCAAUUCCCUCACCCCCAAAGCAGGAAGGCCGCUUGGCUGAGAGCAGUGCGCCUGCGCCCGCCCGCUUGCAGACCGCAGCCAGGGACGGGGCGGGGCCGGUCCCCAGCCAGGACCCGGCUCAGCUAAGGGAUCCUGCUAAACUCGGUGGCUGUGUGGAGCGCACCCUCUUCUGCUCUACGCCAGCACUGCAACAGUUUCAAUUUGUGAAAUCAAGAAGGCUCCCUUGACUGGAAAGGGUUGGAAAGAGAGGGGACACCUGACAGGCGUGCAUCUGGAAUGCUGUGUUCCAGGCUAACGCCAAGCACCACGUGUAUUUUUACUGAAUUUCCACAGAGACCGUGGUAAGAGAUCACUGACGCGCACCCGAGGUGCAUGAUCGUCGUGCAGGGUCCCACGUCAUCCAUGGUCCUCCAGUUCUGGCAGCAGAGACAGCUUGACUGUCUUCAGCCUUUCCCAAGAGAGACUUACGUCUUUUUGAUGGACCGAGUCUUACUCUUUGGCCAAGCUGGCAACUCAGACAAUCCUCCUGCCUCGGUCUUCCAAAUGCUGGAAUUAUAGGCAUGGGUCGGCAUAAUUCGGCAGGUGUAUCUUCCUUAAAAACAAAACAUUGGGGUUGGGGAUUUAGCUCAGUGGUAGAGCACUUGCCUAGCAAGCGCAAGGUCCUGGGUUCGGUCCCCAGCUCCGAAAAAAAGAAAAAGAAAAAACAAAACAAAACAAAACAUUAGAGCUGGGGAUGUGGCUAAGUUUGUACUGUGCUUCCUUAGAAUGCAUGAACCUUGCCUGGACUGGGCUUCUUCCGAUCAUAAGUGUGAGGUCAGACUACAGGAGACGACUGUAUCUCAAGCAAAACAAAGUAAGCUGUUUGCCUAACCUGCACAGGGUCCUGGGCUUGAUCCCAUCCCGUUUCCUCCUUUCUCCACUUCUUUGUCUGAGCCUCUACACAGGGCACCCUUUUUUCAGGUGAAGGAAGAUCCUGGUGGCUGGGUCUUACCAUGUGACAGGUGCUAAUUGAAGUCAUGAAUAGGGGAAACAGUAACUUUCCUCCUGUGCCUGUAGCCCUGAUCAUCCAGUCCUGGGCCACCGGUCACUCCCUCCUGAGCUGUCCUCAGUUUCUACUCCACUGGAAAGGCAUACAUGCAUCCCCAUGUGCUCGCUGGACGUACUGUUUAAUGAUCCCCCCUCCCGCCCCCCAGACUCCAUCCUUCCACAUCAGCACCAAUGCCCCUUGGAAACUCUGAGACUGGGGUACGGUGUGAAGCACCCCUGCAGGCUAGAACCAUGACGACAGCCCACCUUUACCACCACCACCUCUCGGAACAUGUUUCAGCACAUCUGGCUUCAGGAGAACCCUUUAGAUCCCUGCACCCGGCAUCUCCCGCCUGGUCAACUUUUGCAAAGGACAAAAAGCCUUCGCAGGCCAAGCCCUCCCCAGCCUGGACCAUAUCCAUGGGAUGCCAGGGCUGUUUACUGCUUUGGGGUAACCAGUCUGGUCCAGGGUUUAGGCACCAAGAAAGAUCUAGAAGAAAUCAAAUAGGCUUGUUCUUCUUUCCAAGUUGGGUCUGAUAGGCCUGGGAAUGGGGAGGGGGGCAGGAGCUGGAAGGAUCAAGUGCUAAUACAGACUUAUUUUCCUUUUCAUAGUACCAGGGCCUUGCGCGGCCCAGGCAAGUGCUCUACUACUGAGCUACAUGCUAACUGGUCUGGGCUUCAAGGUCUCCAAAGCUCCUCGGGAAGCUGCCUUGGUGGCCACGGCUGAGAACAUUGGUCCCCUGUCUUCUCAAUUACUGCAGUAAACAGCCUGUUCCUCCUCUCACACCUUGCCAACCUUAGGGAAGUCACUUAAAGUCUCUUUGCCUUGACUUUUCAUCUUCGAAAUGUAAAUGCCUGGGUCUUGGUUCUUACCAGGCGCUUAGUGCAGUCUCUCUCCCUCCCUCCCUCUCUCUCUCUCUCUCUCUCUCUCUCUCUCUCUCUCUCUCACACACACACACACACACACACACACACACACACACACACACACACACACCCUACCGAGAGUGCCAGCUCACAAACUUCAACAGGCCUUCUCUUCCACAGUGAUCCAUCAUAUAGCCAAGGAUUUUUUUUUUUAAAUGAUGUCUCACUGUACAGCCCUAGCUGAUCUGAAACCGCUAAUGUAAGGCAGCUUGGCUUGGCCCGGAGCUCACAGAGAUCCACCUGCCUCUGCCUUUCCUGUGUUGGGAUUAAAGGCGUGCACCACCAGGCACAGUUCAGGAUGGUUUCUCCAAAGUGCAUGAAUCCCAGCACUCGGGAGGUAGAAGUAGGUGAAUCUCUGUGAGUUCAAAGCCAGGCUGUUCUACAUAGAGAGUUCUAGGACAGCCAGGGCUAUGUAGAGAGACCCUGCCUCAAAACAAAACAAAACAAAACAAAACAAAAACCAAACUAACAAAAAAAUCAUCAACAACAACAAAACCUAGAGUGUAUGUCACAAAACAAAGUCACUGUGCUGGAGAAGCAUUUAGAUACCCAGGCGGAGGAAGGGAUAGAAGAACUUGUGGCUAGGCAGGAACAGGUUUGUGAAUGUAAAAGGGGACGGACCCUGGUGGAGAACGGAAUAGGGCAAGAGGAGGCUAACAGCUGCCUAGACGGACACCUGAGCUGAAGCCUCAGGAACACUCUGACAGACCCCCAUUGUCCCCAGACUGGCCUUGUCUGGUGAUAUGAGGGUGGUUCUCACGGCUGGUAGAAAGGGACUGAGGGCCCUAUGACCUGAGAUGCAAACUUCAAAGAAAAUGACAGCUUUGCCAGCUCCUUGGGGAGGUCAAAUUCCAAGGCCACACCCCUUCUGCUGAGAAGCUGCAUGGGAGUCCUUCCCCAAACCCCUUAGGUCUUCCCCAUACUCCCUCUGCAGCUGCCUUACAGCUAGCAUCUGUGGAACCUACAAGGAGCAGGUUUAGAAACUGAGGAACCGGGAACUGUGGGUGCCAGAAAAGUGGAGUCUUGAGAGGCCAAGAGCUGAGGCUCCCUUUUGAGGGUUCUGGGGUCUGAACUACAUUAAUUCUGGCCCUCCAUGACAGCCUUCAUGCUCACAGACCAUAGUGAGUGCGUGCUUACAGGCCACGGCAAUUGUGUGGACACAGAAAACAGGAAGUCAGAGCAAGCUGGCUGCAUGCAGAGCAAGGGGUUUAUACUACAGGGAGUGAGGUUUCCAAGUCUCAAGGAAGAGCAGGUGGUCUGGGACCGAUCCAUGGCAAAGGCAUCAGCUGGGUGUCCCAGAGCCUCCUUCAGCCUUUCCUAGGCUAUCUCUGCAGGUGCCAAUAAGCACCAUCUACAUAACCUGCAAGAAAUAUGUUUAGAAAGCAAAGGACCAGGAGCCCUAGGUACCAGGAAUGUGGGUCCUACACCUACUGAUGCACAGUCACAGGGCUGCCAUCUUCCCCACUCCCAGCAUCUGGCUUCUAACACAAUCUCCGGGUUGCUUUUGGGUGUGAUGGGGUGUCGCAGGUCCAGGAUACAGAUGGAAGACAGAUGCUGGUUGUGUGUGUGUGUGUGUGUGUGUGUGUGUGUGUGUGUGUGUGUGUGCAUUUGGACAGUUCAGUACUCUUGCAACUCUGAGGUCUGUUUCCGAGCAACUUAGCAGCAAGGACAAACUCCACCAUCCAAAGGCCUGCUUCCUGGACUGUUGGCUCUGCUUAGAGGCCACUAGUGGGGCUUAAGAGAUGGCUCAGUGGUUAAGAGCACUGAAUGCUCUUCAGGGGACCCAUGUUUGAUUCCCAGCACCCACGUGGUUUCACAGCUGUCUAUAACUUAAACAUCUGACACCCUCACUCAGACAUACAUGCAGACAAAACAUCAAUGCAUAUAAAAUAAAAAAUAAAAUGACAUUUUAGAGGACACCAGGUAGGGCUCCAAGACCUGGACCCUUUUAUCUUUGUACUUUUGGAGUCUUGAAUAAUUCCUUGGAGGGCUGUAGCUCCUCCUUGAAAUGUGGGAGCAUCAAGGGAAGGGGUGUUGUUGCGCCUUGGUUUAUAAUGCCUCCUUGCAUGGAUUCUCCAAGCUGUAAAUAAAGAGGUGACAAUUGCUAAGUCA